CCCAGUUCCAUCAAAGCGAACCCGGGCCAGCGCAAGGAUCUCCGAGUUGCGAGUGUGCUGAGGCUGGGACUGUCACUCAUUCUCCGAUCAGCGCGUGAACGCAGCUCAGCAGCCGCUGGCAGGAAACAAUUCUGCAAAAAUAAUCAUACUCAGCCUGGCAAUUGUCUGCCCCUAGGUCUGCUGCUCUGCCGCCGUCCACACUCGCUGCAAGGGGGGGCACAGAAUUUACCGCGGCAAGAACAUCCCUCCCGGCCAGCAGAUUACAAUGCUGCAAACUAAGGAUCUCAUCUGGACUUUGUUUUUCCUGGGAACUGCAGUUUCUCUGCAGGUGGAUAUUGUUCCCAGCCAAGGGGAAAUCAGCGUUGGAGAAUCCAAAUUCUUCUUAUGCCAAGUGGCAGGAGAUGCCAAAGACAAAGACAUCUCCUGGUUCUCCCCCAACGGAGAAAAGCUCACCCCGAACCAGCAGCGGAUCUCAGUGGUGUGGAACGACGACUCUUCCUCCACCCUCACCAUCUACAACGCCAACAUCGAUGACGCCGGCAUUUACAAGUGUGUGGUCACCGGCGAGGAUGGCAGUGAGUCAGAGGCCACCGUCAACGUGAAGAUCUUCCAGAAGCUCAUGUUCAAGAAUGCACCAACCCCACAAGAGUUCAGAGAGGGGGAAGAUGCCGUGAUCGUGUGCGAUGUGGUCAGCUCCCUCCCGCCAACCAUCAUCUGGAAACACAAAGGCCGAGAUGUUGUCCUGAAAAAAGAUGUCCGAUUCAUAGUCCUGUCCAACAACUACCUGCAGAUCCGAGGCAUCAAGAAAACGGAUGAGGGCACUUACCGCUGUGAGGGCAGGAUCCUGGCACGGGGGGAGAUCAACUUCAAGGACAUUCAGGUCGUUGUGAAUGUGCCACCCACCGUGCAGGCCAGGCAGAACAUUGUGAAUGCCACCGCCAACCUCGGACAGUCCGUCACCCUGGUGUGCGAUGCUGACGGCUUCCCAGAGCCCACCAUGAGCUGGACAAAGGAUGGAGAACAGAUAGAGAAUGAGGAAGACGAUGAGAAGUACAUCUUCAGCGACGACAGCUCUGAGCUGACCAUCAGGAAGGUGGAUAAGAGCGACGAGGCCGAGUACGUCUGCAUUGCUGAGAACAAGGCUGGAGAGCAGGAUGCGUCCAUCCACCUCAAAGUCUUUGCAAAACCCAAAAUCACUUACGUAGAGAACCAGACUGCCAUGGAAUUGGAGGAGCAGGUUACUCUCACUUGUGAAGCUUCUGGGGACCCCCUACCCUCUAUCACCUGGAGAACUUCCACCAGGAACAUCAGCAGUGAAGAAAAGACCCUGGAUGGGCACAUGGUGGUGCGCAGCCACGCCCGCGUGUCGUCGCUGACCCUGAAGAGCAUCCAGUACACAGACGCCGGAGAGUACGUCUGCACUGCCAGCAACACCAUCGGCCAGGACUCCCAGUCCAUGUACCUGGAAGUGCAAUAUGCCCCCAAGCUACAGGGCCCCGUGGCCGUGUACACGUGGGAGGGGAACCAGGUGAACAUCACCUGCGAGGUGUUUGCCUACCCCAGUGCCACAAUCUCAUGGUUCCGGGAUGGUCAGCUGCUGCCAAGCUCCAACUACAGCAACAUCAAGAUCUACAACACCCCAUCUGCCAGCUACCUGGAGGUGACCCCAGACUCUGAAAAUGACUUCGGAAACUACAACUGUACUGCAGUGAACCGCAUUGGACAGGAGUCCUUGGAAUUCAUCCUUGUCCAAGCAGACACCCCCUCUUCACCAUCCAUCGACCGGGUGGAGCCAUACUCCAGCACCGCACAGGUGCAGUUUGACGAGCCAGAAGCCACAGGUGGGGUGCCCAUCCUCAAGUACAAGGCCGAGUGGAAAGCAAUGGGUGAAGAAGCGUGGCAUUCCAAGUGGUAUGAUGCCAAAGAAGCCAGCAUGGAGGGCAUUGUCACCAUCGUGGGCCUGAAGCCAGAGACGAGGUACGCGGUGAGACUGGCAGCCCUCAACGGCAAGGGGCUGGGCGAGAUCAGCAUGGCCUCCGAGUUCAAAACGCAGCCAGUUCAUAGCCCUCCUCCACAAGGGGAACCCAGCGCACCUAAGCUCGAAGGGCAGAUGGGCGAGGACGGAAAUUCUAUUAAGGUGAAACUGAUCAAGCAGGAUGACGGCGGCUCCCCCAUCCGGCACUACCUGAUCAAGUACCGAGCGCUCUCCUCCGAGUGGAAACCAGAGAUCCGGCUCCCGUCCGGCAGUGACCAUGUCAUGCUCAAGUCCCUGGACUGGAAUGCUGAGUAUGAGGUCUACGUGGUGGCUGAGAACCAGCAAGGAAAAUCCAAGGCGGCUCAUUUUGUGUUCAGGACCUCGGCCCAGCCCACAGCCAUCCCAGCCAAUGGCAGCCCCACCGCAGGCCUGAGCACCGGGGCCAUCGUGGGCAUCCUCAUCGUCAUCUUUGUCCUGCUCCUGGUGGUCGUGGACAUCACCUGCUACUUCCUGAACAAGUGUGGCCUGCUGAUGUGCAUUGCCGUCAACCUGUGUGGAAAAGCCGGGCCCGGAGCCAAGGGCAAGGACAUGGAGGAGGGCAAAGCCGCCUUCUCGAAGGACGAGUCCAAGGAGCCCAUCGUGGAGGUUCGGACGGAGGAGGAGCGGACCCCAAACCAUGACGGAGGGAAACACACAGAGCCCAACGAGACCACGCCACUGACGGAGCCGGAGAAGGGCCCUGUAGAAGCAAAGUCGGAGUGCCAGGAGACAGAAACGAAGCCAGCGCCAGCCGAAGUCCAGACGGUCCCCAACGACGCCACACAAACAAAGGAGAACGAGAGCAAAGCAUGAUGGGUGACGAGAACCGAGCAAAGAUCAAAAUAAAAAGUGACACAACAGCUUCACCAGAGCAUUUCCAAUAUCACACGGACACACACACACAAACACACACACACACACACACACACACAUCUCAUUCCUCUAGUGUCUUUUGCCUUUAAAAAAAAAACUAAACAGAUAAACAUGGGAUCUCCUUUUUGUAGGUUUAUAGAAAGGGUUCCUUUGUUGCGCACUCACUUGUAAGAAAACGAGACAAAAAGGUUAAACCCACAGCCAAACUAGGACACUCCGUUCCCUGAAACCAUUUAAAAAUCAAACAAAAGGACCCCAAAUUAAGAAUCUAGGAAGCUCAGAAAAAAAAAAAAAAAAAUCUAGGUUCAGGAAGACCACACUUGGUGUUACCCAAUUGGCACAGACCAGUUUCGGAGAAGUACUUUCAGGCACUAAGACUAACCGAAUGAACAAAGUCCACAGUUUAUUUUUAUACUUUCAGUCGAGUUUGAACUCUGUAAAACCUCAUAAAUAAGUUAUAAUUUCUGUUCACUUUGUAUUUGUUCAGUAUGCAAAGUGUGCCACCCUUUCUAGCUGAAUUCAGUUCCCACGUAGACUCUUGUUUUGUAGGAAGAAUGCCAAAUUGCAGCUUCUGGGGGUAGAUCUCAAUUUGCAGUAUUCAGACUUCUUUUUCUUUCUUUUUCUUUCUUUCUUUCUUUUUUUUUUUUUAUCCUUUCUGCCAACUUUGUUUUCCAGUGUUUACAAUUUGACAAAUGUUUGACUUCAGUUGUGUUUAAAUGUCCAUGUAAAAUAGCUGCCUUUUUUUUUUUUAAGUAACAAAUACCGCCUAAAGGUAGGUAGGAUCAUCACAGGCUUGCUUGCUUUUAGCACAGACAACGUUGCAAAAUAUGACUGUUUACAGUGGCUCUUUCCCCGUUCUGACUUACAGUUUUUGCCUGUGUCCAACUCAGAUGAAAAUCCAUCUCGUUCUGGAACGGUUUUGCUUUGGAUUUUUGGUUCUUUUUUUUGUUGUUGUUGUUCCUUUGGGGGUUAGACCACUUUCCGAUUAGCCGCCACCUGCCUGCAUGUGUGAAAAAGGGUCUGCUCCCCAGGCACUGUCACCCUUCCUUUUGAAGGACUCCUUAGGCUUUGUUGAAUGAAGCAGAGAAGAUUGUAUAGUUGGGGCUGGUCUUGGUGAUCACACAUUUUUACCCCAAACAUCCCCUUUUUUGUAGAAAGCCAAAUAAAAUAUACACAUACCAUUUCCUUUUGAGCCCAGAAUCUAGAUUUGAGCGGAAGAGCAUGUGUGCUUCAGGGAAUUAGUGUCUUUUUUUGGAAAUCUGUUGAAGUAAAGUAACAUCGGCCUUCUGUUCACUUAGGCAGCAUUUAUAGAAACAAAAGAAAAAAAAAAAACAACAACCUGUCUGGAGUCAUAACACAACUUUCCUGGAUUGGAAACCAAGUGGGGAAAAAAAAUACAGAAACUUUUAAGGGGGAUGGGAGGGGGGAGAAGGGAAAAGCCAGCCCUUUGUAUAGAAAUUUUGCUUUUUUUUCCUCAUUCUACUUUAGAACUGCAAGCUUGUGCACUGUGGAUGCGUGAAUAUUUUAGUGUGAAACGUGUUUUUGUCAUAGUAUUGAAAUAAAACUUCAACAUAG